CCUGAGUAUCCUGUUAUGCAGGAACUGAUAGCCUGUUUGAACAAGGUAAUCCAAAUUCCAGACAAUAAAAACGAUAUCUGGCAAGCAGCAGACAAUAACAGUUGCUUCUGUGUUUUUACCAUCACUAUGUUCUCGAUUUUAUGGCUUUGCGUAUGUAUGACAUGUUUCAUGUCCACGAGUGCGAGUACUUCACGCCAAAAACCACAACCAAGCAUUCCCAAAGAUAAUACAAAGACAAAUCUCAAAUUGGGAAACAAAGAUUGUGUUCUCGUGAUCGACGAGGCCGAGGUUGCCGAGAUCAGACGACUGUUAACAAUGGACCACGUAAACAUGAUCGAUCUUCGGGUCUUUUCUGCACCCAAUUUCAACGAACCAUUGUUUCCGAAUUUGCAAAUAACUUUUGUAAAUGGCGAUGGUCGAGUGAUUAUAUCAUGGCUUGAUAUAAAAUACUUGAUUAUUACUUGGACUUUGAGCGCUGGUCGUACGCGUUAUGACUUACAUGUCAGAGAAAGUCGUACAGGAUGCAUACAAACAAUGGAAAAUAGGAGGGAUUUUGUCUCGGCAAGUCUAUUAAAACGAUUCAUUGGCAGUACGUCACGGACAGAUUGUGAGGUUUGUUAUGUCGAAGGAAAAGUCAACCAGUUGCCUAAUACCCGUACGUGCUGUAAGAUGACGGAAAACGACCAAUCUAAAUAUGAAUGUGACGUAGAUAAAUACAGAAAUGACGUUUUAAAUCUCGUUUUCUUUCCUAACAUCCCUGUCUACAUUACUCUUAUGGGCUUUGUUUUUGUUGUUAUUUUCUGUUGCCCUUUCUUCGUGCAAACUUCACUGACACAUCAAAACAAUAACACAUAUUACUAUCUGACAGAAAGCACCAUGUCAAUACCUUGCAUUGUUCGAUAUAUUGUCAGCGAAGACCAUGGAAAAGCUAUAUCUAAAAUCCGCAGGUUCGUGUUUGUGAUUCUUACCUCCAUUUUGUAUACUUUGCAUUUUUGGCAGCAUUUAGAAGGUAGGCAAAUCUAUUUGAACUACUUUUUCAUCUACUGGGUGAUCUUUUUUCCAUUUACCAAACUGUUAAAUGGCGUUGUUCUGUCUGAAGAUGACCAGCGUCUGCAUAUACUGAAGGGAACACCAUUCAUUUGUCUUUCGAAAUUCAUGUCACUGUACUUACAAUAUGACAUUCGCGGUUUACACUCGAGUCGUAUUACUGAUUUACACUCGCCUCAUAAUACUAAUUUACUGUUAUUGAUUUCUCUUCCAUUUAAUAUCAAAAAGUGGUAUGAAACAAUUAAGAAGUUGUACUGCGUGUUAGACAAGGUAGUCAUCUCGGGAUUGUCAAGAAAUUACAAUUGUAAUAGUGUGCCAAAAUAUGCGGUGUUGUGGUUGUUUACCACUUUUGUUUGUCUGGUUUAUAUCCCUGUUGUGUUUGUCAUGCUAAUCAUUCUAAUAAUUACUACCAUUUGCGCUUAUAUGCAUAAAAAGUUUAAAAUUGUCGUUCAUUCAGAUUCCAAACAAGCUACACGCAGUGCUCAAUCACGUUAUCAGACGCUUCGACACAUGCAUGAGGCACUCAUCUUGAUUCUCUCAAUAUUUUUCUUUGGCGUAAUAUUUCUAUUCUCUUGGAUUCCUCUUUAUCUGGGUUUGUUUGCAAAUCUAAUAUAUUUCAUCCCAUAUAUCACUGUUGUCUCGGUAUCCACUUUCUACUCCCUGCAGUUUUGGAAGUCAAUGGACAGUAAAUAUUUCGCACUAAAAAUGUUCAUCUACGAAGAAUAUCGAGAGAGAACGAGCGAAAACAACGAUGAUUUAGGCAUCCAAAGCAGCAGUCAAAAGGAAAGUGGGGAGAUUGUACCUGUACUCCCAAGAGAACUUUAUCACAAAAUUCGAGAACGACUUUUACCAUACCAUACGAACCUUUGGUUUCACGGACUUCAGGUAUUCGCUGCGCUCUAUUUUUUAGGCUUUUUUGUUUAUAUGAUUAUGAUGCUCCAAAGAAGUCAUGCUACUUCAUCUGUGAAAGUUAUAACAACCAUGAGUGUCAGUGUUUUGCCAUAUAUUUACAAUUCUGUGGUUUUGAAAUCGAGCGAAGAACAGAAAAGGGCAGGGGAUGAAAGGCUGAAAAUAAACGUAAAGCGUGUGGUGGAUGAACUUAUUGCUGAAGAUCCCGAACUUGCUACAACAGUUUUGACAAUACGACCGUACAAAAAUGAAACAACUGGUGUUCAAAGAUCAGAUAAUGAGGAUUCAACUGAACAUGAUGAAACCAGUGUUUGUAUUGUUACUGAACCUAGAGAUAGCAUUCAAUACGAAACAUCAAUGUGAACGAUUCAGAAUCUAUCAAACCUAGACCUAGGGCCUUUACUCGUCAGGUCGCAUUUGACUUCCAGGUUAAUCGACUUUAAUGACGUCACGAGGCGAACAAUCGCCUCCUAGGGUCCAGCCUUCUCAUGUCAAAGAGAUCUAUGCAAAAAGUUGCAUCCCUACCUACAGUACCAACGAAAGCUCGUUCAUGUAAAUAGAAGGCCCUAGGUCUAGGGCACUCUAGGCUUCUAUAGACAGAUCUAUUAUUAAAUAAUAGUACUGUACCAUAAAACUGAGUUCUCGCCGAAAAGCCGUUUUCUUAUUUACGAUAAGCGAAAUUCUUUGUUGAAUGUGAUUUACUGUCGUUCCAAUUGAAGUGUUCCUCAAAUUGAUUCAAUACAUUACCUCGGGCUGACCAAUUCAUUUCAUCAAGUUCCUCGAGAUAUUCAUACACUUCCUAGUAUAAUUGUAAACUUCCUGUUGAAUAGUUUGAAUGCACCAAUCACCUUUGUUGUUUGUGCAACUAACCAAUCAUAAAUAGAAAGGAAGUGACCAGAAAUGAUCAAAUACUUCGAAUUGGCUCUUUCACAGGAAGUGUAUGAAUAUCUCGAGGAACUUGAUGAAAUGAAUUGGUCAGCCCGAGGUAAUGUAUUGAAUCAAUAUUUGAGGAACACUUCAAUUGGAACGACAGUAGUAAUGUUUUUUUUUCUGUGUUGGUGUAAUGUACUCAGGUGAAUAUGAUAUUUGUGGUGUUACUCUGAGUGUAUAUCCACACCGGGCGAGCUUGAAAAAUAUGCCCGGCCACGGUGGGAUUCAAACCUACGACCUUUGGAAUGCUAGCCGAAUGUUCUUCCAACUGAGCUACGCGGUGAGGACGGUUCGAGUAAGUGAUAUUUCGGAACAGAAUCUAGUUCCUUCGAUACCAAUGUAUUCUAGUAAUAUGAAUUUUUUUUCUGUGUUGGUGUAAUGUACUCAGGUGAAUAUGAUAUUUGUGGUGUUACUCUGAAUGUAUAUCCACACCGGGCGAGCUGUUGUUGCAAUGCUGCUAAUAUAUACGGCAUAAAUGAGUAAUAAUUAAUGUUCAAUAAAUAAAUUAGUGUUAUUAAUUGAAAUGUUAAUUGGCUGAUUAAUUGAUUGUUAUUAAAUGAUUGUCAUUAA